AUGGUCGAGUCGUCCAGCUGCAGUCGCCGCCUGUACCCCGACUUCGAGGCUCCAGCUGACCCCAGAUACAGCGCCGCAUAUCCCGUCGCCAAUGCGCCUCCGAUGUCCUCGGCCGAAUCGGAACGCUGGCCGCUCACCGCGGCGGCACCAGCAGUGUACGCGCAGCAAGGCUCCUACAACGCGUACUACGUGCCGCCGUCCUACGGUGAACCGCCAGUGGAGAACCGGCAUCGCCAUCAUCACCAGCAUCAUCAUCGACACCGCGGUUGCAACUACCAAGGGUUCGUCUGCUCGACGCUGAGACUUGCGCUCUUCCACGUGAUCAAUGCAGUUCUGGGCACCGUGGCAUUCAUCGCAGUCAUCACCGGCGUGCAUCUCUCUAUCGGGUUGAUCCCGCUGUGCUGCGUGGGGCUGGUGCUAUUCCGCGGCGUCGUGGUCUUGGUGCAAUGGCUCGCGACGCUGGACGUGAAGCUGAGUAACUACAGCUGGCGCACUUCUCGCCUGUGUCGCUGUUGGGCAUGCUCUACUUCUCGACCGUCAAGUUCGUCGUGA